AUGCCGUUCCUUCGCAACAAGCGUGGCAACUUGGCCAGCCAGUCUGAGUUGCGCAGGUCAACAGUCCUUCCAGACGAGUUCAGUCUGGGCCCCGGAGAUCCGGUCCUGCGGACAGUGACCUCCAACAUCGACCUGCCCACGCUCCGCCUCUCUCCCUCCCAUCUCGAUGCUGACGUGGGUGCUGCUGCUGAUGCAGCCGCCGCCGCCGCCCUGAACGGCUCGACUCCUUCGAUACCUGCUCCUCCCGUCACACCUCCACAUGACAACCGUCCCGACUCGCCCCCAAUCCAGGACGAGAACACAAAACACAAGCGCUUCUCCAUGUUGAGGUUUCGCAAUGCCUCGGAUUCUCAGCUGUCAGCCCGGGCCAAAAAGCAGGCUCAUGCUCACGCUGACGAAUCCGCGCCCCCGUUACCACGGGCACCGCCCGAGAUCAUCACCACGGCUCCGACCGUCGACUUCCACACCGUGCCCAGAAAACAAUCGAGAAUGUUUGCGCGCCUGACGAGACGCUCUGGCGAGGAGCUGCGCACAGAACAGGCGCCUGCUGCGCAGGUCCUCUCCAAGAAGGACAGGAGGAAGUCGUAUGUACCAGGGGCAUACUCCACCGGCAAGAAGUCCAUCAGCAUCGAGGAGCCGGACGUGCAGAGGCCCAAGUCGUCCAACGCACAUCCUGGCCAUAUCCGCAGCGACGAGCCACCCCCUCCAUUACCACUGCCCGGCAGCAGACUGUCCGAGUCGUCCAGGUCCGAGGAGAGCUCUGCGGGUCGCGCCUACACCAAUACGCCAACGAGCACCUCCAACUCGUCGAGUACGAAUAAUUUCUUCCGUCUGCGGCGAAAGCCGAAACAGCCUGAACCGCUGUUCCCUUUCGCCCACCUGCAGAGACAGCGCAGCCACGACCAGAGCGCAUCGUCGAAUCCAUCCCUAACACCCUCCACGCCCGCCCGCCAGAGCACUUCCUCUACGGCCUCGGCCUUUUCUACUCAACAUACUCCAGUCCCCCGCACCUCAACCGCCGGAGAUGGCGUGACGACACCGCCAGCCGUCUCCCCCGGCAGGGGAGUAUACCAGAAGCAAAAUGCUUCGCCUGCAACGGCGCUGUUCAGACCGCUCUCUCGGAACAGUGGCACCUCAUCACCGACGAGGCCGCAUCUGAAUCUCAGGGGUAGAUCGUCCACAAUGAGUUCACUGGGCCGAGAAUCACUCGAUGACCGACUCGGGCCGCCGCAGUCACGAGCUUCCACCUCGACAACGGGUCGCAAGAGCUUUGGUGACUUGUUGGGGAUCAGCAGGCUACGGGGCCCCGAAUCUGCACGCCAGGGAAACGGCACGCCAGCAACGCCAGGGUCGAACACUUCCAAGGACAACUCGCUCAACAUACAGCGAGAGUCAGUCGUGCUGCCCGAGAAGCGAGAGGACGAGAACCCAGGGAGGUAUCUGGAGCGGCUCGAGGAUAUUGCCAGCCGCAGCAUGAUUGCUGCGGCGAUCGCCAAAUCUGCGGACGCGUUCCAUCUCGCCGUCCUCCGCAGUUUUAUGCGCAGGUUUGGGUUCUUCGGUGACCCCAUGGACAUGGCCAUCCGGAAGCUGCUCAUGUCGGCGGAGCUGCCCAAGGAGACGCAGCAUAUUGACCGUUUCCUGCAGGCGUUUGCAAAUCGAUACCACGAGUGCAAUCCUGGCAUCUACGCAAACCCGGAGCAGGCCUACUUCAUAGCAUUCUCCCUGCUCAUCUUGCAUACUGAUGUCUUCAACAAGAACAACAAGCACAAGAUGCAGAAGCACGACUACAUCAAGAACACCAAGGGGGAGGGCAUUGCAGACGAGGUCCUCGAGGUCUUCUAUGACAACAUCACCUACACACCAUUUAUACACGUCGAGGACGAGCUCGACAUCACCGGGGAUCGGGCCUCCAGCCACAAGUCUUCCAAGAAGAAAUCUGUCCUCCCGAUCCCUACUGCCCCGGAGGCCGCGCUGAAAAAGGCGGCCAAGGAGCCGAUUGACCCGUACACCAUCAUCCUCGACAACAGGCUCGAUAUUUUGCGACCAAACUUCAAGGAUGUGAUGCACUUGGACGAUCAUUUCAACUACGUGGGGACCGCUCCGAGCCUCAAUCUCAAAGAGCUGCAGAAGACCUUUUUUAGGACAGGGAUCCUCCAGAUCGUCUCGGCAAGAUCACGUCCUGAUGCCUUCAUGUCGGAGAAGACGGCGACGAAUCCCGCCGAGGCCCAGCCGGGCGUUGUCGAUAUCAAGGUCACCAAGGUCGGCCUGCUGUGGCGCAAGGAUGCGAAGAAGAAGAAGACCAGGUCGCCCUGGCAGGAAUGGGGCGCGAUCCUCACCGGUGCCCAGCUCUACUUCUUCCGCAAUACGGCCUGGGUCAAGCACCUCAUGCACCAGUACGAAUCACACAUCAAACAAGGCCACGAUGGAAUUCCGAUCAUAUUCAAGCCGCCGCUGGAAAGCUUCAAGCCCGACGCCCUGAUGUCUACCGACGGAGCAGUCGCUCUGCUGGACUCAACGUAUAGAAAACACAAACACGCUUUUGUCUACGUGCGGCACGGCGGCCUGGAAGAGGUUCUACUUGCCGAUGAUGAAGAUGAAAUGAACGACUGGCUGGCGAAGCUCAACUACGCGGCUGCCUUCAGGACGAACGGUGUCCGCAUGCGCGGUGUGAUGAACGGAACCUAUGACGGACAAGGCCGCAGAGCACUGAAAAAGGAUACGGAAGCAGUGCAGACACCCUCUGGGGAGGUGAUGAUAGCCCGCGCCAAGGUUGACCAGCAGAUGGCCAACGAUAUCCUGUUUGCGCGUCGCGAGAUGAUGCUGCACAAGGUGGCCGAGGCCAACGAGAAGCUCCAGGAGGAAGAGAAGAAGCUCGACGGCCAGCUGAGGAAUGCUCGCCACCUCCAGCUCCUGGCGCCCAUUCAGCCCAAGACACGGGAUUCGAUGCUCAUGGCUGCCGCCCGCAUGGCGGCACAGCUGAAGUGGACCCGGGUCGAGAUCUGGAGGCUCAAGUGCCACCGCGACAUCAUGCUGUUGGAUCUUGAGGAAGAGCGACAGAUGUUGGGGCUCCCAGCCGGUCCCAUCUCCGAAGCUGUCAGUCCGACCAAGCCAGCGUUGGGCCGUGAGGUGUCGAAAACGUCCAAGGCCAGCAGUGGCACCGUCAUGCCAAGCCCUCUUGUGCCUGUCGCGGCCAACUCGCAGCGCGGUCAGGCGGCCGAGGCCGCAGAAGCUUCCUCAGACGAUGAGUCGGUUGACAACGAGACGUUCCAGACACCACCGACAAGCGCCGGGCAACCGCCUCUUCACAAGCACCAGAAUUCUUGGGAGCUUCCGUCCCACAAUCACGAGUCGACUAGGAAGGCUUCUGUGUCCAGUGCUAAGUCAUCCCGGCAAUCCAUUCCCGUCACGCCACCGCGAACUGCCGCCACUUCGAGCUCCGCACCGGAGCAUGCUGCCACCGAUGAUGCUCACCCUGAAGAGGAUGCCAACGAACGGGAUCUCCUGGAGAAGACGGGUCUGCUCGGCAAAGAGAUCACCCUGAGCCCUGAGAAUGUUGACAAGACGAGGACGCAGGACUCUGAACAGACGCCAGAGUACGGCCCGCACAGCAACUCGCUCGACAAGGACAAGAGUGAUAAGAACAAGAUUCGGCGUAGCUUGCAGCGCACUCUUAGAGAGGGUGCUGGCCAUCUGUCACAUGCUCGCAGCCGUAAAGGAAAGGAGCCUGCCGCCAGCAGUGUCACGGAUGAAACCGAGGCAGAGACGCUCACGCGGGCUGCCGGACCUUUUGUCGUGCACGGCAAGAAGGCGUCGGUCAUCACGUUCGGCUCCGAGCUCCAGAGCCUGUCGCCAGACGAGCGUCUCCGCGCACGGAAGUCGUCGCAGAUGGAGGACACGAUCAUUAAUGGCGACGUUCCCGAGGAGACCACGGCAUCAUGCGGCAGUGGAAGCGGUAACGGUGACUUCCGGGUGUUCCUGCUCUCGGGCCCCAAAAGCGCUCCCGCUGAACACCGCUCCUCUGCAGCCAGCGCGAGCACGGCGACGGCCAGGAGCUUCAGGGAGCUGCACAGGAAGUACUCCUCGGCAGCAGCGAGGCACUCAACUUCUGCUGGCAAUCUCGCCCUCAGCCUUGUCGUGCCUGGCGACGAGGACAGUGACGCGGCUGUCAGCUUCUCCGACGGCAGACGCAGUCCAUUGCCAGUAGAGGAGGUUGAGGAAGAGGAAGAAGAAAUACCAGAGGACCCUCGUCCUGAGGCCGAGAAGUUGGACGGCGAAGAGAAAGGAGACGAUCAAGCCGAGGAGCCAAUCGAAAGUGCAACGAUAAAGCCCGCGCGUGAGACGCUCUUCUUCACUCCCGAGCCGCCUGCAUCGCCAAAGGCUGAGCCGUCCGGCGCCGAGGAGAGCAGAGAAGGGGUGCCAAGCCCGACCGUGCCCGUGUCUGCUUGA